GAGGGAAUGUAGAUAGAGACUUGGUUUUAACUGUUGGGUUUAGCAGUGCACUCAGCAGUCCUAUCCACUUGAUAAUGAGAUUUCUCUUUCUCUGAUGUGUUAAGUCUAGUGCUGCUACUUUUGUGUGUGUAUAUAAUGGAUAUUGUAUGUUUAAUUAGAGUUUAAGUUUUGAAGAGGAGAGGGGAAGGGGUCUUAAUUUUUAAAUAAAGGAAAGGCAAAAGACAGAGCAGAAGAGGGUAGUAAAGCAAAAGAGAAGAGGUCUUUCUCAGACACAGAUCCCUAUGGAAUGCAGGAAGGAUGCCCAGCAUUGCUUGCUGGAACUCAUUCUUUUUGUUUAGUUUAAAGGAACUUGCUUUGUUCUCUUUAGAAAUCUUUUCAGAGAGAGAAACAAACCAUUUAGAUUCAGUUGCAGGAGUUGGAUUUGUUUUUUAGAUGAGUGGUUGGAUUUGAUCCAAUCCAUUUCUGCAGCUAGAGAACAAAAGGGUUUUUUAAAAAAAAAAGAAAGUUCAGAAAAUGGAGUGGAGCAUAGAGAGAGAAAUAUAUGUUGGCCUAUGAUUAGUUUAUUUGUCCCCAAUGAUUGAGUUGCCUUGCCUCAAGAGAAACACAAAACAUACCAAAGAAUCUCUGCUAAGCUAGAAAAAGAGAUGAAGUCCAUGAACAAUGAUGAUCAUAGCAACAAUAAUACUCACUGGUUAGGCUUCUCCCUCUCUCCCCACAUGCAAAUGGAGGUUCCUUCUGCUUCUAAUCACCAUUACCAAGCUCAGUCUGCAACUUCUUCUGUUCCUACUGCAAUCUCAGCAAGCCUUUUUCACUCCCAAUCACAUUCACACCUCAGCUAUGGAAAUUUAUUUGAUGUUGAAGGUGAAAAUGGUGGCUGUUACUCUACCUUGCCAGUAAUGCCAUUGAAGUCUGAUGGGUCUCUUUGUUUAAUGGAAGCUCUAACCAGAUCACAGCUUAAAGCAACAAUGGUAACAUCUUCAACUCCAAAACUGGAGGACUUCUUUGGUGGUGCAACAAUGGGGACCCAUCACUAUGAAACCAAUGAUAGAGAAGCUAUGGCUCUUAGCUUGGACAGUAUGUAUUAUCACCAAGACUCAGAACAUCAGCCCAACAACCAAAAUUGCUUAAACCAUCUUCAGCAAAACCCCAGCAGGCACCAACAACAUCACCAGAUUCAAGUCCAGCAAUACCCAUAUUAUGAUACUAACUUUAAAAGCUAUGAAAUGUUUGUAGGAGAGGAGCCCAAAGAGACUCAGCAGGCUUCAGAUUGCAAUCUUCAGCUUCCAACAGUUGGAGAUGAUGGGAUAAAGGGAAUGAGGAAUUGGGUUUCAAGGAACUACACAAGUAACCAUGCAAUGGACCAGCAGAAGAUGAUAAGUUGCAUGGGUGAAAAUGGAGGUGAAUCUGGAGCUAUUAGUGCAAUGGCUUAUGGAGAUUUGCAGUCUUUGAGCUUGUCUAUGAGUCCUGGCUCCCAAUCAAGCUGUGUUACUGGUUCUCAACAAAUCUCACAUGCUGGAACCGACUGUGCAGCCAUGGAAACCAAGAAAAGAGGGCCUGAUAAGGUGGAUCAGAAGCAAAUUGUUCAUAGGAAAUCCAUUGAUACAUUUGGGCAGAGAACUUCUCAGUAUAGAGGUGUCACAAGGCACAGAUGGACUGGGAGAUAUGAAGCUCAUUUAUGGGACAAUAGUUGCAAGAAAGAAGGACAAAGCAGAAAAGGAAGACAAGUUUAUCUGGGGGGCUAUGAUAUGGAAGAAAAAGCUGCAAGAGCUUAUGAUCUAGCUGCUCUCAAGUAUUGGGGUCCCUCUACUCAUAUCAACUUCCCUUUGGAAAAUUAUCAAAAAGAGCUUGAAGAAAUGAAGAACAUGACUAGACAAGAGUAUGUUGCUCAUUUGAGAAGGAAAAGCAGUGGAUUCUCCAGGGGAGCUUCCAUGUACAGAGGAGUAACAAGGUCUAAUCUAAUAAACCUUAAUUUACUUAACAUAUUUAAAGUUUGUUGUCUUAAAAAAAGAAACUUUGUUUACUUGUCUCAAUUUUUUUCCAGACAUCAUCAACAUGGAAGAUGGCAAGCUCGGAUCGGAAGGGUUGCUGGAAAUAAAGACCUUUAUCUAGGAACAUUUAGUACCCAGGAGGAGGCAGCUGAAGCUUAUGACAUAGCAGCUAUAAAAUUUCGUGGGGUUAAUGCUGUAACCAACUUUGAUAUAACGAGGUACGAUGUUGAACGAAUCAUGGCAAGCAAUACGCUUCUUGCUGGAGAGCUAGCAAGGAGAAACAAAGACACAGGAUCUGGUAAUGAGGCUAUAAAUCACAAUCCUUCAACACAAAACGGCAUUGGCGAAGCCAUUCCUUCACUGAAGAACGAUGAAAGUGAGCCAGACUGGAAAAUGGUUCUCUAUCAAUCCUCCCAGCAGAUUGAUCAAAAGGCAACCAAUGCUAUGGAUAACUACAAAACUCAGAUCUUCUCAUUGAACCCAGAUAACGUGAUAGGAAUUGAUUCCAUGAGUUCAGUUCAUCAGCAAGAAGUAGAAGACUCAACCAAGAUGGGAACUCACUUGUCAAAUGCUUCUUCAUUGGUAACAAGUUUAAGUAGCUCGAGAGAAGGCAGCCCAGAUAGAACUCGUCUGCCAAUGCUCUUUGCAAUGCCACCCUCAGCGACGUCCAAGUUAUUAACAAAUCCAGCAAGUAAUAUGAAUUCCUGGAUCCCAACAGCCCAAUUGAGGCCUGCAGUCUCCUUGCCUCAGCUGCCAGUUUUUGCUUCUUGGACAGAUGCAUAGACUAGUGUAAUUAAGUUAAAAAAGGUUCUUCCAUGGGGAAGAAAACUAAAACAAGAGAUAGAAAAGUGAGAUUGGAUUUUAUGUGGGUUUUGCUUUAAUUAGUUAGUUGAGAAAUUUGGUGAGAAAAGGAGGGUUAAUGAAGCUGUAGGCAGCAACUUUUCAUGAACAAGAAGCUGAAAUUUUUAAAACAUUAUCCUUUUUAGCAUUCUCUUA